GUGGAAUUUCGUCUCACCGAGUUAACCGCUGUUCAAAAACUUCUUACUUCAAUGUCACAGGGACGAGGGUCGCGACCUGGCCAGAACAGUUUGAAACGCGAAUCCUCCAUUCUAUCGUACUUUUCCAAAAAGGAUUCAAAUACAACAGCCACUACAUUCGUGUCGGCCAAGAAUCUUACUCAAUCACAGCCUAUAUCAAAUUCCUCGCCAACAGUUCCAUUGACAACGCGACAUAACUCACACCCAUUUGCAGCUUCCAGAUCUGCUACAAAGCAGAUAACGAAUGACUCUAAAUACGUUGAUGCCGAGCUAUAUGGCGAUCAAAAAUUGGUAUUUUCGUCACAGAUAACAGCAAAACGAUCUAAUACCACCCUGGCGGCUCCGAAGGUGGCGGCCCCGAAGCAAGCCCAGGACCACGCUGUCUUCGAAGAUUUGAUUGAUUUGACUAUGGAAGUAACGGAGACUGUGCCUAAACCAAGAAUAGCAUCCUUUGCAAACCGCCAAGCAUCGAAGCCCAGUGUUGGAUUAGCAUCAGCGGGCAGAGCUUGGAAUGCCGUCCCGACCAACAUCAGCUCUUCUUCUUCAAUGCAUACAAGCACUGCCAACACGUUUGAGUUCUCUCAUGGUGGACCUUCCGCAAUGGAUGUACAGCCAUUUAAAGUGGCGGCCGGGUCAUCCAAUUCGUCUCAAACGGAAUCCAGCUCCAUGUUUGGUAACCCAGCAUUUUCAGCAGCCACUACACAAAGCAAGAAACGAGUGCUUCCGUCCAAGUCUUUCUCAGACGCGAAGAGAGGUCGAGUUUCUGAUGGUAGUCUUAGCAGUAGUCAAGGAGCAACUAGAGAGAUAACUCGUCUGGGUCAGUAUAAGUUGUCUGAUGAGCAGAAUGCCGUACUUGAAAUGGCCUUGUAUGAACGCAAGAGCUUGUUUUUCACUGGAUCGGCUGGAACGGGAAAGUCCAUUUUGCUGCGAGAAAUCAUUGCCCAAAUGCAGAGGAAGUAUGGGAGUGGUAUUGCUAUCACUGCAUCCACCGGUAUUGCUGCGUGCAACAUAGGAGGAUUAACACUACAUAGUUUCGCUGGUAUUGGUCUCGGUCAUGACAGUGUGGAAAAAUUGGUAAAGAGAAUUUCCACCGUGAAGCAAAUAUAUCGACGAUGGACAACUAUAUCGGUUUUGGUCAUCGAUGAAAGUAAGUGUUGUAUCAUCAAAAAGUGCUAUGAACGAAGCGAAGUCUCAUAAAAGCGAACUCAUAGUUU